AUGGGGAAUCUGUGUGAGACAGGGCUGGGAUGGAGUGUUAUACUUCCCCUACCAGAGAAUGUGAAAGAAUAUUUGCUGGAUGAUGGAACACUUGUGGUUUCUGGAAGAGAAGAUCCACCAAGUCAUGCUCAGGAGAGGAGUGACGAUGCAGAGGAAAUACAGUGGUCAGAUGAUGAGAAUACUACAACACUUAAGGCACCAGAAUUUCCUGAGUUCACAGCUAAAGUUCAAGAAGCAAUAAGUUCCUUGGGUGGUAGUGUUUUUCCUAAACUUAACUGGAGUGCUCCAAGGGAUGCCUAUUGGAUAGCCAUGAACAGCUCUCUGAAAUGUAAAGCUCUCAGUGACAUCUUCCUCCUCUUCAAGAGUUCGGACUUCAUUACUCGUGACCUCACUCAGCCCUUUAUUCACUGUACUGAUGAUUCCCCUGAUCCUUCCUUGGACUAUGAGCUUGUUCUUCGCAAAUGGUGUGAACUAAUCCCUGGUGCAGAAUUCAGAUGCUUUGUCAAGGAAAACAAGCUUAUAGGUAUAUCACAGAGGGACUACACUCAAUACUAUGAUCAUAUCUCUAAGCAACAUGAAGAGAUCUGUAGAACAAUACAGGAGUUUUUCAAGAAACACAUACAGUAUAAAUUCUUGGAUGAAGACUUUGUUUUUGAUGUGUACAGAGACAGCAGGGGUAAGAUUUGGUUAAUAGAUUUUAACCCAUUUGGCGAAGUAACAGACUCAUUGCUGUUUACGUGGGAAGAACUGACGUCUGGGAAAAACCUGAAAGGAGACCAGAGUGAAGGGGAAGCAACAGAACAGGACUAUCCAGUUUUCCGUUGUACGAACAGUAAGGUUACUGUCCAGCCUAGUCCAUACCUGAGUUACCGACUGCCGAAAGAUUUUGUGGACCUUUCUACAGGAGAGGAUGUUCACAAAUUAAUCGACUUUCUUAAACUGAAAAGAAAUCAGCAAGAUGAUGACUGA